AAAGUAUUUUGUGUUGUAGAAUUAUUAUUUGUUCGUUUUAUAUUAUGAGGAUUACUUAGUGUUUGGGGAGUUUUAGUUUUCUGUUGUUUGAUCCAUUCAACUUGAAUAAUUAACGUACAAACCAGUACAAACGGGUCAUAUGUAAUGAAAAUUGUUUUUACCAUUUAAUGCACGUGUUUGCACUUUAAUUCAAUAAAAAUACAGAGAAAAAGAGUACAAUGGAUUCAUUAGAGGAAGAAAAUGUAGACUGUGUAGACUACGAAAUAAAUCUAAAGGAGAUUUUGGAUAAAGUAGAACGACAAGUAGACUUUUAUCGAGAAAACAGUGCCACGCUAAGAGAAGCUCUAUCAAAAUUAAAUAUCCUCAAAGAAGAUUUAUGUUCAGAAUACCAAAAUAAGUUAAACAAACUUGCACAAUACCAAGAAAUGUUUGGAACAACUGAUUGCAAACCUGAAUCCAUUGCCCUUUCACACAUAGAUCAAUUAAGAAAACAAAACGUUUAUAUGGCCAAAGUGAAAACCUGUAGGAAAAUGUAUAUAAAUCUGAAUGAAAAACUCACCAAAGACAUUAAAAAAUUAAAAAGUGAGUAUGCACAUUCCAAAGAAAAAAUAGAAUGUUUUUUACAAGUAUCUAAUGACGAAAUUAAAGCUCAUCAACUUAAGAUUCAAAGAUAUGAAGAACAGUUAGCAAAAUUUGAAGAAAAAUACCCAUGGCUAAAGAAUCCGGAAUUGGAUUUGAAUAAUAUAACUAAAGAGAUUCAGGCACUUAAUCAAUUAAAAGAAAAGAAAAUAAAAUUAAUGAAAGAGAUGGAUGUGUACCAAGGACUGAAACCUGACAUUACUGAAGCUCGCGAGCAAUUAGAAGAUAUUAAGAAGAAAUAUAACGAAUUAAAUAAUUCAUUUAAUACCUAUAACAAUAUUAAGAAUUUUUGAUAUUUUUUUAGAUUUUUUAU